GCGAGAGAGUGAGAGCAAAAGGGAGAGCGAGUAUAAGUCAGUAAAACCAGUAAAACCUGAUGACAGAGAGAGGCAAGGAAGCCCGUGGAGUAAAAAGAGACCACUGUGUGAUUGAAGAGCAGGUGGAUUGGACGGGAACCUGGAUUACAGACAAGUAUCUUUUGGCAAGUGUAUUUUGCUUUCCUUUUUCCUUAGAAGGACGGCUAACCAGAACCUGCGCAGGUGGACCUAAAGGAUGGCGUGUUUACUCAUACUUUCUCUUGCCUAAGGCCAAAAAGUGGGUCAACACCUGAGGAGCAGCUAAAAGGAGCAGCACAGACGGAGGCCGUUUUGUCCUACUAAAAGGGAGCAUGAUAAGGGACAGGCAGAUUGAACUGGAUUGCAGCACAGGAAAUUGAGAAUGCAGAAUUUUUAAGAAACCGUCUCCUUUUUAAUCUCUGAAAACAGUUGCUGCACAGUCCCUUGCAAUGUGUAGGCCUUGCAAACGAUUAAAUGAAUGUCUGCCACGGUAUAAACUUUGAAUAGCGGCAUUUUACAUGAUCAACAGCUGCUUCGACUGAAAGAAGAAACGGGAAAGUGUGCCUUUGUUCAAAGAUUAAACACAACCCAGCAUCUAUUGACCUCUAAGUCCACGCAUUCCAAGUGAUCCACAGCACAAGGGGAGAGCAUCACAUCCACCAUGCAGACCCCAGGACCCGAGCACAAUGACUCCUUUGAUUUCCUGUUCAAGAUCAUCCUGAUCGGAGACUCUAACGUAGGAAAGACCUGCUUGGUUCAGAAUUUCAAGUCGGGGAUUUUCUCAGAGAGACAGCAGAACACCAUCGGAGUGGAUUUCACCGUACGGACCGUGGACAUCGAGGGGAAAAAAGUUAAGAUGCAGGUGUGGGACACGGCCGGCCAGGAGCGGUUUCGCACGAUCACCCAGAGCUACUACCGCAGCGCCCACGGCGCCAUCAUCGCCUAUGACAUCACGCGACACACGACCUUUGACUCGGUGGCUCAUUGGAUCAAAGAGGUGGAUCUCUAUGGAGCGAACAACGUGGUGCUGGUUCUCAUAGGUAACAAAUGUGACCUGGAGCAGGAGCGUCAGGUUCUGUUUGAGGAAGCCUGCAAUCUGGCAAAGGACAGAGACAUACUCGCUGCUCUGGAAACAUCAGCAAAGGAGAGUCAGAACGUGGAGGAAGCCUUCAUCAUGAUGGCCAGAGAGCUGCUGUCUCGUAACGGCCUGAGUGUCCAGCGAGAGGACUCAAUAAGCAGCGACACACCUCGAGUUCUCCUGCGCUCCGACUCUCGGCCCAUCGAUGGCUUAGGAGCUGCCUACACUCCGCCAGAGAAGAACACCUGUUGUUGAUUCCAAAUUAGGACAAACAGGAAAGGGGAAGAAGAAGUUGAAAGACACAUUUGAUGAUAAAUGUUUGAGGAAGAGGAACGAGUAAAGAUCUAAAAAUGAAUGAGUGGUGAAUGUGGCACGCAAGGCAGUGUGAUUCUUCCCAAUGAGGAAGAUUCCGACUUUAGGAAAGUAUUAAAAAAUCAAUUCAGUGUAAUUCAGUAAGCUUUUACAGCUCAACACACCCAAAAGUCAUGUUAGCUGGUGCUACAAGGACACAACCAGAGCCUGUUAGUAUUGGGGACCAAUCUCUUUUAUUUGAACUAUUCCUGGUGAAUAUCUUUCGCUUGCUGUUUUACUGUUACUGUUUUUUAAGUUGGCACUCGCGAAAUUAAUUAAACGCCCGAAUGAAAAAUCUGAGACCUUUUUAUUACGGUGGUUAGACACCAGAAAAGAGUCGAGCAGCUCAUGCCGGGCCCAGCCAAGUUAUCCUUAACACUCUGAGUAACACUGUUGUUACCGUCCUUCUCACCCACGGGACCUCCUGCGGUGCUUCUACGCGGCGCUGUGAUCCUCUGCUGCCGUGCCCCCGGAUGUCAACUUCGUGGCCAACCAGCUGCAAGCCAAAAGUACUGCGAAUGUGCCUUUUGAAGACAAAAUAAUGUCUGACAUUGUCCUGACUGUAUAUAGUAGACUCUGGAUUUCUUCCUGAAAACCUCCUGUUGACCAUAGAAUUGUGAACACUAGAGGGCGCUGUGCUGUUGUACAUGAGCCGUAGCUGCAGGUCGGGUGAUUUAAAACGUUUGUGACUGUUCUAAGAAACAUACACACAAAUCUUUUCAGAUCAACUUAAAGGCUAAAUUUUGGUGGUUACUGUGCAGGACCUGAACUGAUUAUGUUCUUACACAGUGGACUUGCCUUAUUGAUGUCCUUGUCCUUGUCCCCAAAUCGGACGAGCAAUGAAAUUAAAUGGUCAUUAUAUGGCUAUAAAAUAAUUUGACUGUAUGUUUUCAGUUAAGUAUUGGAGAUAAAUUGUGGCAUGUGUUUUAGCGCAGCAAGGUAUGCAUUAUUCCGGUUUAAAAUGGUCUUGGGGGCCUAAAGCAUGACAUAACCAGGAAUGAGGAUGAUAAGAGUUUAUUAAAAAAAAGCAUCCAAAUUCCCUUCCUGUUUAGCAUGUUAAACCUUCUGAAUGCUGAACUAUAUUUCGUGUGGGGGACUUUCAGGGAAUAUUUGAUUUGCAUGCUAAAUGCAGAAGGUGUUCAUCGUCCUUAUUAGUCAGGUAUCAGGCCAGCCGAACAACUGAAGUGUAUCUGGAAAGUCACAUGAACAAAUUAAAACACAGAGAAACUG